AUGCAGCUAGCAGGGCAUAAUCCUGAUCAGAAUACAGAUGAUUCAGAUACUGAUUUUGUUGAAAAUACACAGUUUGGAGAAGCAUCAGUACAGGGAUCCAGCCAACACCCUAGCCAAAGCCAGUCAAACAACCAAAGCCAGAAAACUCCUAGUCAAAAUUCACCCAACCAAAAUUCCCAAACUAGCCAAAAAACUAACCAAAGCCAAAAUACAUCUUCUACCCACAAAUCAAACACAUCUAUAGAUACCCCUAUUAGAAUCCAGAAUGAUAUGCAAUUUUUACAACAAUCAUGGGCCAAUUUAGAGGAUCAAGAAGAUGAUCAAGACAAUGAUGAUUCACUGGCUGAACAGCAAAGAAUUAUUGAUUUGCAAAUUGCACAAGAAAUACAACACAAUAUAGAUGAUUCUGGCUUCCAACUGGUCACCAAAAGAAACAAGAAGAAAGCAAAUAAGAAAGUGAGCCCUUCCACCAGCAAAUAUGCUACCAGAUCAAAGGUAGAUAAUAACAAAAUUUUUGGUUUUAAUGCUGUUUAUGCUUCAACCAAUUACAUCACUAGAAGGCAACUUUGGUACAACCUACAAAACAUCCAAAACCAACACAACAUUCCCUGGUGCUCCAUAGGAGAUUUCAAUGCCAUCUUAGGAUCUCAUGAACAUAGAGGAUUCACCAACCCUGCCAGAUUACCCAUGGAGGAAUUCUUCAAUUGGUCUGAUUCUAACAAUUUAUAUCACAUACCAACUAGAGGGGCUCAAUACACUUGGACAAAUGGUAGAGGGGCAAGACAAACUGAAAGAAGAUUAGACAGAGCCAUUUGUAAUCAACUUUGGCUUGAUAGCUGCGCUUCAUUAGCUGUCACCACCCUCACAAAAUUUAAAUCAGACCAUUUCCCAAUUCUUCUGGAUUUCAAAACCUCAAAUGUUACACAUGCUACUCAAUUUAGGUUCAUGAGAAUGUGGGUUCUGCAUGAUGACUGCAGAAGAAUAAUUACUGAAACUUGGAAUGACCAGAUUAUUGGAAAUCCUAUGUAUGUGUUGUCUGCUAAACUCAAAAACCUGAAAUAUAAAUUGAAAGACUGGAACCAUAAUGUCUUUGGUAAUGUACAUACUAUAGUGAAAGAUGCUGAAAAUAAACUUGCUGCUAUUCAGGAAAAUAUUGACAACACAGGUAUGACUGAUUCUCUUCUUGAGCAACAGAAACUGGCCCAAAUCAAUCUUGAGAAUGCCUUAAACAAGGAAGAGGCAUUUUGGCAGGAAAGAGCUAGAUCUAAAUGGCAUGUGGAGGGAGAUAGAAACACCAAUUACUUUCAUAGACUAGCCAACAUUAAAACCAAAACCAAACCCAUCACUGCUAUCAAAGUGGAUAGCUUGGUUGAAGAUGUGAUUCCAACUCUGAUCUCUGACUACACCAACAACUUAUUGACUUUGGUUCCUUCUCAAGAGGAGAUAAAAAAAGCUGUUUUUGAACUUAACAAGGAUAGUGCUCCUGGGCCAGAUGGGUUUGGUGCCAUAUUCUUUCAAACUUAUUGGAACAUAAUUAACAAAGAUGUUUGCAAUGCAGUGGUGGAGUUUUUCACAAAAAGCUGGAUGCCUCCUACUUACAAUUCAAAUACUAUUGUGUUAAUACCAAAAAAUGAGCAGGCGGAUUCAGUGGAGCAAUUCAGACCAAUAGCCCUGGCAAAUUUCAAGUUUAAAAUCAUCACAAAGAUCCUUGCUGAUAGGCUGGCCCCAAUCAUGAAAUCCAUCAUUUCUAAAGAACAAAGGGGAUUCAUUCAAGGUAGAAACAUCAGGGACUGCAUAUGUACAACAUCUGAGGCCAUCAACUUACUUCACAACAGAUGUUUUGGAGGAAAUGUGGCUUUCAAAGUGGAUAUUGCAAAAGCAUUUGAUACUUUAGAGUGGAGUUUUUUGCUGAAAGUUCUAAAGCAAUUUGGUUUUAAUGAUGUGUUUUGUAACUGGAUAGAGGUAAUCUUACAUUCUGCUAAUCUUUCAAUUUCUAUUAAUGGUAAGCAUUAUGGCUUCUUCAAAUGUAAGAGAGGGGUUAGGCAGGGUGACCCUUUGUCCCCUCUUCUUUUUUGUUUAGCUGAAGAUGUACUGAGCAGAAGCAUAGGGAAUCUUGUUGAUCAAGGGAAGCUGGAUCUCAUCAAAGGUUCUAGAAAUCACUGUGUCCCAUCUCACACUCUUUAUGCAGAUGAUAUCAUGGUGUUUUGUAAAGCAAAAGCUGCUUCAAUUCAAGCUUUAAAAGACCUGUUUCAAAGGUAUGCUGCAGUCUCUGGUCAAAUGGUUAAUCCAGCUAAAUCCACAAUGUAUGCUGGUUCUAUCUCAAACUCUAGAAUCUCACAAAUUGCUGAUCAGACUGGGUUCAAUAUUGGUAGCCUUCCUUUCAACUAUUUAGGGGUCCCUAUCUUCAAAGGGAAGCCUAAAGCUAGAUUUCUUCUACCCAUAGCUGAUAAAAUCAAGAGCAAACUUGGAGCUUGGAAGGCAUCUCUUCUAUCAAUUGCUGGUAGAGUGCAGUUGGUUAAAUCAGUCAUACAAGGUAUGUUAAUUCAUAGUAUUGCAGUCUAUAAUUGGCCUAUUUCACUUCUAAAAGAUUUAGAGAAAUGGAUUAGGAAUUUCAUCUGGAGUGGUGAUGUGAACAAGAGGAAAUUAGUUACAGUAUCUUGGAACAAAUGUUGCAAACCAAUUUCACAAGGAGGAUUAGGGAUCAGAUCCUUGAUUUCUUUGAAUGAAGCCUCCAAUCUUAAGCUCUGUUGGGAUAUCAGGAAUUCCAAUGAAUCUUGGGCCACUCUACUACGUAGCAGAGUUAUAAGAAAUAGAAGACCGAUCUCACAUCACAUCUAUUCUUCAAUUUGGAGCAGCAUAAAAAAUGAAUUCGAUACUACAACAGAACAAGCUAGCUGGCUAAUUGGUAAUGGAGAGUCAGUGAACUUUUGGAAUGAUGAAUGGUGUGGGGUUUCUUUAACCUCUACUCUAAACAUACCUGUUCAUAUAUCUCAAAAUCUACAAGCCACAGUUGCAGAUUUCAUUAUUAAUGGAGUCUGGAGUAUUCCUCAGAUAGUGCAGAUGGCAUUCCCUGCAAUCAACUCACUAGUUCAUAAAGUAACAAUACCUACAGAUGCUGUGGAGGACAAAUUGGUUUGGAAAAAUGCAGCAAAUGGUGAGCUUUCACUUAAAGAUGCUUAUAUAUUCAAAGCUCAUUGUACCCAGAACAUAGGGUGGGCAAAGAAGAUUUGGAGUAAAGAUAUUCCUCCAUCAAAGUCCCUGUUGUGCUGGAGAUUGAUGCAUAAUAGGAUUCCAACAGAUGAUAAUCUGGUGCUUAGGGGCUGCUCUUUAGCAUCAAUGUGCUCAAACUGUAAUAAGUAUGUUGAAACUUCCUUCCAUCUAUUUUUUGAAUGCAGUUUUGCUAAAUACCUUUGGAACUGGUUUGCUGGCAUUCUAAAUCUCCCAAUUCAAGUUUCCAAUCUAGAGGAUAUUUGGAAGAUGUGUGAUAGAAGAUGGUCACCUCAAUGUAAGUUAGUGGUGCAGGCUGGCAUUGUUAAUAUUAUUAGUUCAAUAUGGUAUAGAAGAAAUCAAGCUAGAUUUAAGGAUAAGCUCAUUCACAGGAAGCUUUCUAUCAACAACAUUGUCUCUUUAGUCUGUAUGUCUGGCAGUAACACAACAAAAGUUUCUUCACCUGAUAUGAGGGAGUUUAGCAUUUUAAAGAGUUUCAGAGUUCCAAUCAAGCCUCCUAAUGCCCCUAGAGUUAUUGAAGUUAUCUGGACUCCUCCAAUUUUUGACUGGGUUAAGGUGAACACUGAUGGUGCUGCAACAAAGAGUCCUACCAAUGCUGCUGCAGGCGGCAUCUUCAGAGACAGAGAUGGUAAUUGUAUUGGCUGUUUUGCUCAAAAUCUUGUAAAUGGUAAUGCCUUUCAUUCGGAACUAAUGGCUGCUAUCAUUGCUAUGGAGGUGGCUCAAAGAGAGGGUUGGUUCAAUUUGUGGUUGGAAACAGACUCUCAACUGGUUUAUCUGGCUAUGAAAUCUUCGGCUUCUGUUCCUUGGAUCCUAAGAAACAGAUGGCACAACUGUUUAGCUUUUGUUAGGGGCAUUAAUUUUACUUUUUCUCAUGUAUAUAGGGAAGGUAAUGCUUGUGCUGAUGGGUUAGCGAACAUUGGUUUAGCUUUACCUCCUAACUCUUUUGUUUGGCAUACUAACAUACCAGAUGGGAUUAGGGAGGAGUACUCCAGGAAUAGGUUGGGUUUACCUAAUUAUAGGUUUGUUAAUUUCUAA